UUUUUUUUUUUUUUUGCACUGUUUUCCCCAAAAAUAGUCUCACCUUCAACUUCAAAUUCCCUCCACUUCACUACCACCUCUCUCUCUUUCUCGCAGUCUUCCAUGGAUCCUCUGUCAGCGCUGCGAGAUUACACCAUUCGAGGCGACCUAGACAAAAUCCACCGAGUCGGAGACGAAUUCCGAUUCUCAACUCACUACUCUUUUCCCUGUAAAUCCGAAACUGCUUAUCGUUCUAAGCAAGGUAAUCUCUACACUCUCGAAACCCUAGUUUUCUUCAUCAAAAAUCUCCAUAUCAAGCAACCUGAGUACAUCAAAAAUUCCACCAAUCAAGGGAUUCCUCCUGUCACCUACGUCGAUCGGAAGCCUCUCCUUGAUUAUCUUGAAGGCCGGGUUUCGUCGUCUGAAGCUAUUCAGUUUGUUCUUCCGAAUGCGACCGAUGUUGAGGAGUAUCGGCCCGAUGAUCCCCAGUCCUUUAAUUCGAUUCCGAACAACAAUGGGGUGAGUAAUUUGGGAAUUGAGGAUGAUUCUGAAAUUAGGGUUUUGGAGGAGGGGGGUGGGGGUGGUGGUGAGGGGGUUGAUUUGAUGGGGUUGAUAAGGGCGAGAGAGAAGCCGCUUCGGGAUCGAAACGCUGUGUUGCAGGUUCGUAACCGCGAUUUUUAUGGUAUAUAUGUUGGGGCGUUGAGGAGGGAGCAGGAGAAGCCGCAGCAGAGGAAGGAGGCGAAUGUGGGUGGGAAUAAAGGGCGGCCUUUAGGUGGGGAGAAGGAUGAAGGGUUUCAUUCGGGGCCAAAAGCGAAGAUGCUUAAAGGUGGGGGAAAGAUUGGGGAAGGGGUGCCUAUUAUUUUGGUGCCUAGUGCUUCUACUACUUUGAUUACUAUUUAUAAUGUGAAGGAGUUUUUGGAGGAUGGUGUUUUUAUACCUACCGAUGUUAAGAUGAAGCAGAUGAAGGGGCCGAAGCCGGAAUGUGUCACGGUUCAGAAGAAGUUUAGUAGGGAUAAGGAUAAGGUCAUGACUGCUUAUGAGGUUAGGGAUAAACCCUCGACUUUGAAGGCCGAUGAUUGGGACCGUGUUGUGGCGGUUUUUGUGCUUGGGAAAGAAUGGCAGUUUAAAGAUUGGCCCUUUAAAGACCAUGUUGAGAUAUUUAAUAAGAUCAUAGGUUUCUACAUGCGAUUUGAGGAUGAUAGUAUAGAAUCUGCAAAGGUUGUGAAACAAUGGAAUGUAAAAAUAAUCUCGAUAAGCAAAAAUAAACGACAUCAGGAUAGGGCAGCAGCUCUUGAAGUAUGGGGAAAGUUAGAAGAAUUUGUAGCACGAUCACGUUCUUGAGGCUAUCUUAUAUGUGAAAAGUUCUUAUCAUCAAGUUGAUUUCAGGGUUAAAGAUAAACUAUUCUGAAUGUGGCCUAGCUAUUCUGGAGUUUGCUGCUUUACCGUGGUGUGAAAUCCAGACUUUAUCAGUUAUUUGGGUGUUGCCUUUUGGAGGCAAUCCUUUUUUGAAGCCUUUCAGGAACCUUUUGAUACUAGAAUUUUAGCAGUAUUGGAUGUUUUCAAAGGUUUUUGGAGAGAUCCUUGAGGCAAUCUAGCUUGCUCUGCAUUCCUCUUUACUAGCUCUCACCUUUUGUGGUUUCAGUUGAGGCUGUGAAUAGUAUCGACAAACUUUUAAACUGGUGAGUGAAGAGACCAUCUUGUGCUGAUUUGGUGUGUCUUACCAGGAAGGAGGUUUAGGUUCUAAAAAUAUAGCUCUUGAAGGAAAGUGGUUUUGGCAUUUUGUUAUCAAGAGCAAUUAUAUGUUACUUUAUAAUGGGUGAGAUCUCUUCAGGCUGAUCAUAUCUGCUCAUUUGUCAGAAUUAAAAUUGGGAUUGUCCUGAUUAUAUGAUAUUGGGAAGAUGUUUGGAGUACGGAGCAACUAUUUUGUGUAUGUUCUUGAUUAUACAAGUUUGUCCAAACUAUAUGUUUGGGAAUUUCCCUUACAGGGGCAUCUUAAUGAUAAGGCAAUUAAUGAUUGUACUGCAAUUGUAUUGUGAGUUUGUGAGUAAUUGAUCAUAAAAUUAAGCUGGAAUUUUUGGAAUAAUAGUGUGAAGAUUAUGUGCUGCUGCAGCCUACCCUUUACUCUUCUUGAUGGUUAAGUCUGUGGACUUAUGUAGGAAUCUGGCUAGUUUACAGCUUUUGUUUGGUUGAUGUUGAGAACCAAUGAAGAACCUCAACUGUACAGAUUAUGUGUCACACUGGCACUUGCUAGUUGAUUGCAGCACUUCAAUGGCUUUGAUGAGUUGAGAAAUGUAAGAAUGCAUGGUAACGACAACAGUGUGUUGGUGAAACGCUGCGUAAUGCUAUUCUUGGUGGUCCUAUCUAUUGAGGAUACCUUGGAACAUGAAUAUGUAGUUUGGCCACAGAGGAGUUGUUCUGGGUUAUUUAGAGCCCCAUGUUCAAUGCGAGUCCUGCCAUUGGUGAAUGGUUUAGGAUUCAUUGCUGAAAUAUCAAUUUAUCUGUUAGGAACAACAUUUUUGCGUUAUGAUAAACAAUGGCCCUCUCUCCAAUUUCUCUCAUCUAAGGACGCUAUGUAAAAAAAAUGUGUCAGGACUCAGGAAGGGCCAUUCUAAUGCUAUCACACUGCAUUACUGUGAAAUUUUGCAGUUUUGUUAUUUUUUGGCGCAAUCAGUUUUCCAUUGUCUUCUAUAGGCACUGUUGCAUUUUGGAAUCAUCAGAGCAACCUUUAUGAGUUCUGUUUCUGCCCUUCAUGUAGAAGCUGUUUUCUCACAUAAGCAGGGCUGGCCUCAUCUUCUCUUGACUAUGGUUACCAUUUUAAACUUAUUCUGGUCGGACGCUGGUUUGAUGUUUU